AUGAAUCGCAAGAUCACAGCGUGCGGCUUUCUCUAUGUGGCGCCGCCAAAUCUCGACUUUUCCAUUCAAGCGCAUACGGCAAAGCGCUGGCAACGCCGAUGGUUUACCCUGUUCGACACCGGCGAGCUCACCUAUGCACUCGAUAAUAACCCAGACACCGUCCCACAAUUCGCCGUCGAUAUGGUGCGAUGUCAUCGCGUUUGCGAAGCUGACAGCAUUACAGGCCACACCCACUCAAUUCUUUUGGCUUUCCGAGCGGCCACUGAUAAAAUAGAGGACACCCCGCCAGUUGUCUACAUGAAAGCCGAUAGUACGGAAGAGAUCCGAUGGUGGCAAGGCAUGUUGACCCCUUUUGCGAAGGAUAAUGUGAUUUUAAAACCGCGAAAAUCGAUCGAAACCCUCGAGACACCGCCUAGCUAUAAAGUGGAACCAGCCGCUCCACCGUCCUCAAUCCUUUCUCCAAAAAUGUGCUCUCCAUGCAGUUCAAGAGACUCAAGUCUUGAUCGAUUGGAUGACAGUCGAUACGAGGGAACGAGACAUGGAACUGUGAGACGAGUCAAAAGAGACAGUGUUCUUUCGAGAGAAACCGAGAAGAAAGCCGAGCCUCAACCCGUUGCCCAAGUCGCAGCCACUCCAGUCUCAAAUCCAGUGGUGCAAUCUCCCAUUGUUGCAUCGACGAGACUCCGCGACUCCUCCGAGUCAACAGAGAGCAGCACAGCUCCACCUGCCCCGCCAACCUCUCAACCGCCUUCUUUGAUGGCUGAAUCGAUCAACUCGCGGAAAUUCCAGCCGCUUCCCAUUGACACCUCACUCACGCACACUCUGAGAAAGGGUUGGUUGAUGCUGAGGGGCAAGUCGGACAACGAUUGGCACAAACAUUGGGUGGUGCUGGCCGGAUUAUCGCUUAGACUAUACAAAGACGUUUGGGGAGAGGAUUCGACCGAGCCAUUGCUAUCGAUUGAUCUGGCCGAAUGCGAGAACGUCUACCCAAGUGCGUCGGCGAGGAAUUACGGGAUUGAGAUAAAGUGCAAACGAACGCGCUACGUGCUCUCAGCAAUGACACCUGGUAUCAGAGACUCGUGGAUUUCAGCUCUACAACAGAAUCUCCACGAUCCAUCUCCAUUAUAUCAAGAUACAACGGGUGGAAGUGAUGCCAUUUCGUUGGCCGACAGCUCAGAUGUCCUCGGAAUGCCUGUGAGAAAGAAACAUAUUGCUUAUGUGGCGCCUGAAUCUCAUCACUCGAAUUCGAUGAUGGAUGAGGAAAGUAGUACAGAGGAUGAAUUGCAAAGGAUUGGAGAACAAAGGAGAACGAGAAGGGAUUCGAAUAGAUCCCUUUCCUCGUGCUCUUCCCGAUCUCGUCAAAUAAACAAUCGUGGCUCUUUGUCUCCAUCUAUACGACGAUCACCAAUUGGAAGGAUCAAAGAGAGAUCACAAGAGGGACGAGUCAGAAAUGCAUCCAAUUCCUCAUUGGCCUCAUCGAACACAAGUGCAAAGAAUCGGCGACGAGUACCGCGAGCUUCUCCAAAACAGAGUGUUUCUGCUGAGAUGAGAAUUCGAUCGUUGGAGGCUCAGGUGUCUUCUCUGCGUGAACAACUCCAAGAGACUUCAUCAAGAUUGACGGAGAGUCGAUCGGAGAGUGACAGAUUGAGACAUAUGUUCACUGGAGUUGAUCCAGCCAACCUCUCAGCUCUCAGAAAAUCGCUCUCAGCAGCCGAAUCGGAGAUCACGAGACAACAAAAGGAAAUGGAAACUUUGAGAAAACAAUUCUCUUCACCGACAUCAGAACAAUUGAUUUCCUGUUUCCAAGAUCGUCUAAUUUCGAUGCUCAAAGUGCAAAUGGGCGCUUUGUCAAAGUUCAAUAUUUUCCUUGGAAACAAUGGCGAUGUUCGUGAUGAAUUGGACGAGUUGAUGACGUCACUUUCGAAUAUCGAUCACACCAAUAAAGGAACAGCAUUGGGUGAUGACGAUUGGGAUUGUUUACAACGAAUCAUUGAGGAGACAACGCUUCUCUACGAUAAUGUGGCUAAUAGUGUGAGAAGAAGGAGAACAAAAGAGGCUACAACUAAUACGGAAGACGCAUGGAUCUCUUCGGAAGAAGAAGAAGGAGUUUCGGAUGAAGAUGAUGAUAUUAAACAAGAACAUGAAUGGGAAGCUGAAUUGACGGCUGUUAAGAACACUCAUCAAGGCGAGAUCGAAUCACUGAGAAUGCACUAUGAACAUCAAUUGAAAGGCGUUAGAGAAAGGAUGGAACAUGAAGAGAUGGGAAGAAGAAGGGCACAGGAUGAGCUCAAGAAUUUGUCGUCGAUGAACGAUCAAUCUCUAAACUCUGUGCGCAAUUCAUAUGAAGAGCUGCUCGAAGAGCAAAGACGACAAUUCGAUGAUGAAAUUGAAAGAUAUCGAACGGAACACGCGAAAGAGUUAGCUGACGAGAAACAGGCGACAAGAGUGGCUCUGGAAGCGGUGAGAAGAGCGCACGAGGAGGAGAUCCGACAAAUCGGAGAGAAACCCCGACCAAGUGUCAAUCCAGAUGCACAACGGGAAAGAGAACAAAGACAAGGAAAAAUGAUCGAACAAAUGCGAGACGAGUUGACGAAUCUCUCAGCGCUCUACUCGGCGAAAUGCAUCGAAAACGCGCAACUCGACGAGAGAAUCGGCGCGAUUCUUGAGGGAAAAGAACGUGAAACAAAGGAGGAAACGGAGCGUCUCCGUGCCGAGCUUUCUCUCAAAGAGACCCAAAUCGAAGAGCUUCGACGCCGAAUCGCGCAUUUAGAGAGAAAGCUCAACGAUGAAGGGCAAAUAUCUUCAGACAAAGAAGAAAUCAGUACGGACGCGCGCUCAGCGCCUCAACUCCAGCAAAUGGCGCAACAGAUAAACAGCCAAGGAAUGAACGGAUCACAGUCACCGGUCAAGUUUAGAAAAACGCCGACAACGAGGAGGACUGAUACCCGUUUCCACUCAAAUCCUUGUGUUCGUGCCGUUGAAGCGAUCCCGUCAUCAGUUGUUGAGGAGACAAGACGAUCCCUGGCGGCCUCACUUCCUUUACCCGUUGCUGAGAGGCGGAAAUUCUUUGAGACCAUUGCCGAGUACAGUACUCCUUUU